UUGGUCGUUUCCUAUUUAUUCUUCCUUCACUUUGUUCUACCCUUCCCCUUUGUUAAACUCUGUCACCACCACCACAACAAGUAGGGAAAAUUCAAGAAACUGCCAAAUCAAAAGCCUUUUUUCUGCUCUUUCAUCCUAAGCAAUUGGAUUCAGAUUACUGUGGCCCUUCAAAACAGGAGACUCUUCAUCAUCCACACACACAGGGCCAAACAAUACUGGGGCUGAAGGAAGUGAAGAGUUUUUGCUCUUUUCUCUGACCCUUUUGAUUUUUAGUUUAUCCUCUGCACAAGAAAUUGGGAAGAAAGAUGGAAAUGAUGGCAUACCAGUUUUCUCGGUUACCAUACCCAGAUUCCCUCAAUCUGCUAGAGGCUGAUAUACAACACGCAAAUGCUUUGGCUGCUGAAAUAACCAGGACCAAGGGUGGCACUCUCCUCCAAAUGAAAUUGGCUUACAACCAUUUGACUCCUAUCUUUCUGUUGUUGCUACAAUGGAUAGAUUUUUCUUGUACAUGCUUACUACUCAGAUAUCUUGACCUCUUUCACAUAGUUGUAUACAAGGCACACGACGAUGGUAGAUCAAAUAUGACUUCUCAUGGAAGGAAAGCAACCAUCAGGGAGUUUUAUGCUAUUAUUCUGCCAUCUCUUCAAAGACUUCAUGGUAGCAUGGAGAAGUUAGACAUUUGUAAGAAGGGACAUUAUAGCAUAGAAAGCUCAAGCUAUGGCAAGAAAGAGAUUGAAGGAGAUGCAAAACAAAUCCAUGUGGAUUUGGAAAGAGAAGAUGAAUGUGGAAUAUGCUUAGAGCCUUGCACCAAAAUGGUUUUACCUAAUUGCUGUCAUGCCAUGUGUAUCAAAUGCUACCGCAAGUGGAAUAAAUUGUCAGAGUCUUGCCCUUUUUGCCGUGGUAGCUUAAGGAGAGUUAAUUCUGAGGAUCUCUGGGUACUCACUUGUAAUGAAGAUGUUGUUGAUGCUGAAACAGUUUCCAAGGAGGACUUGUUACGUUUCAACCUUUAUAUCAACAAUCUACCUAAAGAUCACCCGGAUGCACUUUUCUUAAUGUAUUAUGAGUAUCUCAUUUGAUAUAUAUAUUUCAGUGUACAUAUAGGGAAAUUCGGACUGCAAUUGUGAAUAGUCUGGUAAGAAAUAUUUUUCUGAUCAUGUAAGGCACAAUAUGUGAAUUGUUGUCCAGAAUGUAGAGUACUAUUACAACCUACUUCGAACCAAUCGUUUGAGUUCAAGUUA